AUGGGGUUCGCCGGAGUGGCGUUUCAGCCGCGCGCGGCGGCGCUGGCGGAGCUGCAGCACUGCCCGCAGUUCCACGACGCCAUCCUGACGCUCCCCGACGCCGCCAUGUUCUCCGCGCCCGCAUGCCUCCUCUACGCGCGCAGCAAGUGGUUCCGCCGCGCGUGGGAGGACGCGCCGGGGAGCGGCUUUGGGAAAUGCGUGGAGAUCACGAUUCCGCCUGUACCUGGGGGAACGGAGGCGUUCGAGAGCAUUCUACAGUACUGUUACGGGCUGCCUGUUAACGCGGAUGCUACUAACGCGUUGCAGCUGCUGUGCUGCGCAGCGUUCUUCGAGAUGUGUGAGGGGAGCGAGGAGGAUUCGUUGCAGCGACAGGCGUGGAGGUACAUUAACGAGUAUGUUCUUAACGAGUGGGAGGACAGCUUGCGGCUGCUGGAGACAGUAGCGAGGGACGAGCUUGUAAUGAGGGAGGCUCUGAAGCUCGACCUCCCGCUGCACGCGUCAGCAUGUGUGGCAGGCACGUGCGCCGUCCCAUCCACCCUCACCCGCCCGCCUGCUCACUCCAUUCACCAUCUGAGCGCCAUGCUGUCGGGUCCCUUCGACAGCCCCACGCGCACGGCGGCGCUGCACCACCUGCUGGCGCGCCUCGCCGCCCUGCCCGCGCCCGUGCUGUCAUGCGUGCUGCAGGCGUGCCGGCAGGCGGGUGUGAGCUUCGUGCGCAUCGGCAACUACCUCGCUGCCCACUCCCACUCCUGCCUCUUCCAACACAUCCCCUCCCUCGCUGCCGCUGCCGCUGCCACCUCUGCUGCUGCUGCUGCUGCUGGUGGUGGUGGUUGGGAUGGCGAUGUUGCAGGAGAAAAAGAGGCAGCAGCAGCAGGAGCAGCAGGAGCAGCAGGGGCAGGGGCAGGGGCAGGGGCAGGGGCAGGAGGUGGCGAAGAAGCUUCAUCCGUUGGUCUUUCAAGCAGCGGUGGUGCAGAAAGGAGGGUGGCGAGCGGAGGGGGAGGGGGAUACAAGGUGGUGUGUGGGGAGGAGGCGGCAGAGGAGGCAGAGGAGAGGGAGGAGGUGGGGCGGGCGAUGCUGUUUGAGUAUGCGUGCAGUGAGGCGCUAGAGCAUGCUGCGGCGAUGCAGGAGCUGCACCACCGUCCGCCAGCAGCAGCAGCAGCAGUGGGUGGGGGAAGAGGAGGUGUGGGCGGAGAAGGUGGCGCCUCUGCCCCGUUCCCUUCAGCUGCAUCGGCGUCUGCAGCGGCAGCGCAGCAGCAGCAGGCGUUGAGGCGGCAGCAGCAGGGGGGGCUGAGGUCCAGCACGCGCUACAUGCCAUCGGUGCAGUACCUGAUCGUGCUGCUCAAGCACUGUGUCACUCUACAGGAAGGUCUCGCACUCACGGAUGCUCACGGGCAGGGGCAGGGGCAGGGCGGUCAAGUGGGCGGUGUUGGUAAGACGAGAAGCUCAGCCUCGUUACAAGGGGACUCGAUACAAGGAAAUGAAGGGCCAAGACAUCCGGUGAACAGCAGGGGGGUUCAAAGGGCAUCGUCGGUGCAGCGGGUGGGAGGCAGGGGCGUGAGGGGGGGUGCGGGCGCUGUGUCCACGGGGCUGAGGGAAACCAAGAGCGACAGCGACGUGGCCUCCAGUGAGCGGGCGAGUGCGAGCAGGAAGGGCGAGGGCAUGGGGGAGAGCGUGCGGGUGGGCGUGGGGCGGCGCAAGGAGCUGCUGUUCACACGGCUGGCACACCGCCUGACGGCCAUGCCCACGGCGCUGUCCCUGGCGGACCUCGUCUUCCUGGGCCCCGCCACCAGCCUGCUGCUCCUCCACUCCCUCCGCGACGCCUCCCUCUCCCAUGCCAACCACCCCUCCAUCCCACCCCUGCCCCCCCAUGCUGGAGGCCCCCUGCCCCCGCUGCCAUCGCAACCACAGCCAGCGCCCACCGCCAGCACCGUUAAUGGCACUAGCACCAGCAUCACCAGCAGCAGCAGCAGCAGCCGGCGUAUGGCGGUGCGGGUGGUGGGGUCCCCUGCAGCAGCGCUGGGCGGCGAUCUGGUGUGCGACUACGUGCACUACCUGGCAGCGCGCAUGACGCACCAAUCACAGCACCACACGUGGCUGCCCUUCCUGCGCCUGUGCCCCGCGUGGCCGGGCCUGUCGAGCUUUCUGAUCGACCUCAUCGCGCUGCUCAACCUGCUCUUCCCCGACGCCCGCCACCUCCCCCCCGUGCCCGAGCUGUGGAGCAUGGUGGACGUCAGCGCGCUGUCCGACGACAAGCUCGCCCUCGCCGGGAAGAUGUGCUGCGAGGGGGAGGGUCAGGGCGGAGAUGCGGGAGGGGAUGGUGGGGAGAGGGGUGGCAGCUGGGGAGGGGGGUGGGGUGGGAGAGGGAGGGAGCAAGGGAGGGGGUGGUGGAGCGAGGGGAGGGUGUUGGCGCAGCAGGUGGAGAGGGAGCAGCGGGCAAGGGGUGUGAGGGCCGAGGGGGAGAGGGGGCGGGAGGAGGAGAGGGGGAAAGAAGGGGGGAUGCGGGGGGAGGUGGAGAGGGAGCGGCGGGGGCGGCAGGAGAGGGCGCUGCAGCAGGCGGCGUUGGAGGUGGAGAGUGUGCGCGCCGCCAGCACGCGCCUCGCCCUGGAGACCGCGCAGGGCAAGGCGUCGGACGCGUGUCCAUGGGAGACGCUACAGCAGCGCGGGCUGGAGGCGGACAUGGUGGUGGACAUCGAUGGGGUCACAUGGCCGCUGCACCGCCACGUGCUCCUCCCGCACUGCCCCCUCAUCCACUCCCUCCUCCCCGCCGCCACCGCUGCCGCCAGCGCCAGCGCGUGUGAGGGGGGGGGGGAGCAGGGCGUGAUGCCGCUGGCGCUGGCCACGGGGCUGCCCAUCGUGGCGCUCACCGGCUUCCCCGGGGGUCCGCGCUCCUUCUCCAUCAUCGCCCGCUGGUGCUUCGGCUCGCGCCCCAACCUCUCGCCCAGCCAGGCCGCUGCUGUGCUCUUCGCUGCUCGCUUCCUCGGUCUUUCUUCCGCAUGCCUCAACGGCUGCGUGAGCCAUAGCAUCAUGGGGCGCACGUUCAUGCCUUACUCUCCUUCCGACCCACCCUCCUCUGCCUUCCCUUGCAUCCUUGGUGGGUGUAUGGUACGGGCAGGCAUGGAGGACCGCGGCAGCGAGGCGCUGAUACCGGUGGCGGUGCGCGCGGUGAAGGGCGGGCUGGCGGAGGGGUGGCAGGCGUGCUUUGACAUCCUGGAGCGCUGCUACCACGACCGCGUGCUGGACGCGCUGGUCGUCGAGUUCAGCCUCAACCGCCACUUCGUUGACUCCGCUGCCAGACAGUGCUGUGCCGCCCCUGGGGGCGCUGAAACUGCUCCUCCUCCCCUCUUCCGUGCUGGUCCUUCACCACACACCGCUUUCCAUUCCCCCUUGUCUACUUCUCCCAUCACUCAUCCCUGCCCUACUUCGCCUGCGACAGGCAGCCAUAUUAAAGCCGGAGUCCCACUCCCCCUUGUCCUCUCGCACCCCUCAUCUCACCCGCCACUCCCCCCUCCCUCCAUCCACUCUGCGCCAGGCGCAAUUCUGAAGCUGGAGUCGAAGCUGGUGGGGGACGGGCGGUGGGGCAAUGAUGACUGGGCGACGGUGAAUCGUCUCUUAGAGGGCAUGAGCAAGCUGCCCCCAGACAUCAGCUGCCGCGUGGUGCAGCAGCUCUGGGACCUGCGCCACUCCCACUGGGCCACCGUGUGCCCUGCACCCUGCUGUGAGGCGGGGGAGGAGCACGCGGGCAUCAAGGCGAUGGCGACGGUGGGGAGCUUCCUGCUGGGCAUCACUCUGUUGAGUAAGAUGGAGUGGCGCAGGCAGCACGACGACGAGGAGGAGAAGACGAGGAAGAAAGGCGGGCAGGGGUCAGCAGGUAGCAGCAGCAGCCCGAGCCACGCAGGCAACUCUCCAUGGGCCCAGGCGCUGAGCAGCAGUGUGAGGAGCAGGGCACAGCCACCAUACGACAACAUCCUCUGGAUGCUGCGCGUGCUCAAGCUCUUCAUCUCGCCGCCCUUCGAUCGCCCCAUCCUGCUCGUGCUCAGCAACAACACGCCCCUCCUUGAAACCCACCACCUGCACUUCCUCGACCUCUCCUCCUGCCUCGCCCUCCUCACGCUCGUCUCCGCCGCCCCGCGCCAAGACUCCCACCUGGUGGCCACUGCUGAUCUCCUCGACGUCUACCUCGCAACGCAAGGCACCAAGCGCAACCCGCCGCUGAGCCCCGAGGAUUUCCGUGCGCUUGUGACGCGCCUGCCGCCCGACGCACGACGGGGUCAGAGACGCUACAACCCGUUUCACCUGCAGCAAGAGCGGCAGCAGCAGCCAGAGUAUUUCGAGGAGGGCGAGGAGGGGAGCGAAGAGGCGGAGGGGGAAGGGGGGGACGAGUCCGAGGAGGAUGUUCCGCUCAACCAGCGCAGGGGGGGCGCGCAGCACAGCGCGGAUGGGGGCGAAGGGGGGGCGCUGGGGGGCAGAGGCGCAGCGGGAGGAGUGCCUGCUCCAAGAGGGGGCGCUGGGCGCGGGAGGGGGCGGGGGAGAGGAAGAGGAGGGGGAGGAGGAGGGGUGGGGGGAAGGGGAGGCGGGGCUGUUGCUCCCCUGAAGCGCAAAUCCAGUGGCCCUCUGCCUCCCUUACCACACCCAUCCGUGCGCCAGCAGCAGGGGCUGCAAGAGCACGAGGAUGCUUAUAACGGAGAUGGAGUGCACGGAGAUGACUCUAUAGCGAGUGAAAGCGCCCAUGAAAGGCACUCUGGCAGCCCGGGGAAGGCGCUGGGGCGAGGGCGGGGGCGGGGGCGGGGCAGGGGCAGGGGGAGAGGCAGGCUUGGGGGAAGGGGAUUGGAAGGGGGGGAAGCGGAAGGCACAGGAAGGGGAGGACAGGCAGGAGAUGGUGGGGGAGGUGAUGUGCUUGGUGGGGGUGAUGUGCUUGGUGGGGGUGAUGUGCUUGGUGGGGGUGAUGUUCUGUCCCCUGGGCGGGGUAGGGGGAGAGGCAGGGGGAGGGGACGGGGAAGGGGAGGGGGAAGAGGAAGGGGAGGGAGCGUUGCAGGGAGAGAGGCAAGUGAGGAGGAGGCAGGGGCGGGCAGUGAGUGGGAGGAGGGCGAGGGGUAUGGGCGUGCAGGGGAGGACGCGUACGUGGGCAGUAGGUAUGGGGGUGGGCGGUAUAACGAGGCAGCAGCGGCGGAGAGAGAGGCGGUGCCAGGGCGGCUGCGGCUCACUGAGGAGGCGCACUCGCCCUUCCCCCUGCUCCCCCCGCCCCCCACCCCGCCUGCUGCCACAGCUGCAGCACGGUCGGCAGCAGAGGGUGGCAGAGCAGAGGCAGGCACAGGCAGUGGGCACACCCUGCAGCAGCAGCAGCGGCAGGAAGAGGGGGAGCAGGAGGGGCAGGAUGAGAAGCAGGGCAAGGGGGCAUCAGAUACGGGUGCGAGUGUGGCUGUCCGGUUUGCUGCAGCCAUGAGAGCCGCGGCUGCUGGGGAGGGGUCGCUGGCGGAGGAGGCAGCUGCCAUUGCUGCUGCUCUGCCUGCUCCACGCGUGUGGGACCAGACCAGCCUGGACAGGAUCUCGACCGUUGAUCGCGAGGAGAGGAUUCGACGGCUGGAGUCGCAGUGCAUGGACGAGUGUGUGCAGCUGUGCCGCGACCUCAUCGUGCGCCAACGCCUCUGGCACCAGGUGGGACAAGGGGGGAGAGGGGGGAGGCGCCUCUGGCACCAGGUGGGAGAGACAACGCCUCUGGCACCAGGUGGGAGAGACAACGCCUCUGGCUCCAGGGUGGGGGAGGCGUGGAAGGGUGUGCUGGGGUCGGGGCGAGACGGGGACAUAGUGGAUGCGGGAAAGCCCCUGCCGCCCGUCAAGCUCUUACCCAUCGUGCCGCCACUGGACCUCCUCGACCCCGUCAGCCCGCCUGCCCUCCCUCACCUCCACUUUGACUCGCUCCUCCCGCUCCUCCCACCCGCCAUGCAAGCUGCUGCUGGGGCAACAGCUGCUGCUGGUGGGAGGGGAGUGAAGGGGAAGGCGGAGGCGGAUGUGGGGGCGGGCAGUGCAGGGGGGCGGGGAGGACGGGGCAGAGGAGGGCGAGGGAGAGGGAGGGGAGGGAGGGGAAUGAAGCCGGCGGGCUGGGAUGCUGAGUCGUCCGCUGCCGUGUGUGCUGGUGGCGAGUCAGCUGAAGGUGGGGCGGUGGCGGCAGGUUUACGGUUGAAACAAGAGGCGGCUGGGGCGGAGUGGGAGGAGGAUGCACCGUUGCGAAGGCAGCAGCAGCAGGGGGGGAUGAAGAGGCAUCUGGGGCAGGUGGGGGGCGCGCAGGGGCUGCAGGGCAGCGUUCCCGUGGUGGGUCGGCCGAAGCAGAUGGUUCGGCGGCUGCUGGUGUGGCGGGCGAAUGAGCGCGAGGCGCUGAGGAAGGCCCUGCUCGCGUUUGGGCUCACCCGACCGUCCAUGGUGCGCGUGGGGGCUGGUGGUUGCGGUGGCUGGCUGGGGCGAGGCGCUGCGGAAGGCCGUGCAGCCGUGCCCGCAUUUGGGCUCACCCUACCGCCCAUGGUGCUGGGCAGCAUGCGGGCGAGCAUGAGGAGCGAGCGGCACGGGGCGGGGGACGUGGUGGACGCCACGUGCCACUUCCUGCGCGCGUGCUCAACGCUGCAGCCCCCCGAUGCCCUCGACCCGCGUGACCUCGCCUGGGCGCAGCGCCGCCUCUCCCACCUCGCCUCCCUCGCCAACGUCCCCUUGGGCGCCCCGGGGGACGGUGGCGAGGGGGGUGAUGGCGAGGGAGAGGGAGGGCGAGAGGGAGGUGGAGGGGGAGGGGAGGGGGAUGGGAUAGCUCGGCGGGUGGGGUGGUGGGAGCGGGUGCCGGUGGCGAGCUGUGCGCGCACGUGGCUGCGCCGCCUGCGCCUGCUGGAGCAGCUCGUGCGUGUGUGGGCGGGAGGGGGGCGAGGGAGACGGCACGAGGUGCUGGGCUUCAUGGCGCGCAGCACGGGAUUCGCCCUCGCAUGCCACCACGUGGCGGCGCUCACCGACGCCACGCUGCCCGCGCAUUGGUGGACGCGCGACGCUGACCUGGCGCUGCUGCUGGGCGUGGCUCUGCACGGGUACGGCGCGUACGAGGCCGUGUAUGGCGACUCUGCCCUAGGGCCGCACCUCCGCAAGCCCCAGAGGGACGGGGGGGCACGUGGGGAGAAAGGGGAGGAGAAGGGUGAGAAGGUUGGGGAGGAGGGAGGGGCGGGGGGCGAGGAGGAGGGGUGGUUGGACGCGUACACGCUGACGCGGCGGCUGAAGCGACUCAUUGAGCACCUCGUGCGCAUCAAGCGAUCCCAAUGGAGUCACUCCCUUCUCUCCCCCUCUCUCUCCCCCCCUCUCUCCCCUCCUCUCUCCCCUCCUCUCUCCCCUCCUGUCCCCCCUCCUACCUCCCAUCCUGUCCCCUCUCCUCUUGCCCCUCUUCUCUAUCCCCUCUCCUCUGUCCCCUCUCUUCUCUUUCCCCUCCUCUCUCUAAAGGGUGGAGAAUGUUGGAGAUCCAGUAAUUGUGGGAAUGAUGGCGGACAAGAACCCAACAACCCCCGCGUCCCAUCCAACCAUGCAUUCCCUUGCCUGUUUCAAUGGAAUCAAAGUGCUGGUUCUUCACGUUUUCUCACACUCUCUCCCCUCCUAUCCCCCUUCCUCUACCGCCUUCUCUUCCGCCUCCUCUCCCCCGUCCUUUUCCCUCUCCUCUCCCCACUCCUACCCCCCGCUUCCUCCCCACAGCUGGCGAAGAAGCCUCAGCCUGCGCCCACGCUGACGGGUCCUUCCCCCGCCUUCACCCCCGCGCACUUCAAGCGCGCCCUUCCCCCCGCCUCCGAUGCCUGGGCUGCCCCCGCCGCUGCUGCUGCCGCCGCUGCUGCUGCCGCCGCUGCCGCUGCUGCUGCUGCUGCCCCCGCCGCUGCUUCCGUUGCUGCUGGUGGUGGUGGCGGGAGGGGUGGGGACAUCGGCGGAAGAGGGGGCGUUGGGGGGAGAGGGAGGGUAGGCAGGGGAAGGGGAGUGGGAAGAGGGGGGAGAGGAGGAUGGGGGUUAGCUGAUGGGGGAGGAGCAGGAGGAAGGGGAGGGAGAGAAAGAGUGGGGAACGCAGGAGGGGCUUAUGAGGAGUACGGGGGGGAGGAGGAGGAGGAGGAGGAGGAGGAGCAGUGGGGAGGGCGGGGGGAGCAUGGGGAGCACGGGGAAGAGUAUGGGGAGGAGGGGGAUGGGGCAGGGGAAAGGGGGGAAGAGGGGGAUGAGGGCGCGGGGGAGGAGUGGAACGAGGAUGCCCCUGUGAGGCGAGGUGGGGGGCGAGGGGAGGGCGGACUAGGCGGUGUGGAGAGAGGGGGAGGGGCGAGGGGGCGGGGCAGGGGGCGAGGCAGAGGGCGGGGAGGAGGGAGGGGCGGGGCAGCAGGUGGAGGAGAAACUGGUGCUGCUGACGCGAGCGGUAGGGGGGGGCGGGGGAGGGGGAGAGGAGGGAGGGGGCGUGGGGGCACAAGGGGGGGCGGACGAGGUGCAGGAGCGGUGGAGAUGGGUGGUGGCGCGGGGGAGGAGAUGGAGUGGGAGGCACAGGCGGAGGAACGGGAGGGGGACGCGGAGGGCGCGCAGGGUGGCGGCCGCUGGCGUGCACACGGGGCAGGGGGGGCGCAUGGGGAAGGGGAAGGGGCGGCACAGGGAGGGGUGGACACGGCGUGGAGCCGCAAGGAGAAGCUGGAGCUGCUGCGCCUGCUCAUGCUGUGGGGGCUGCCUGCUGUGAGUGGCUCAUGCUCGGCAUGGCGGCAGCAGGACGAGCCGUGUGAGUGUCUGCUGUGUGGGGAGCGAGAGGCAUCGGAGGCGAGGAGGCAGCGCAGGGGGCAACCGAGAGUGGGGGAAGAAGGUGGGGCGGAGGGGGAUGGGGAGAGCGUGCUGCUCACUCCAGAAGACUCUGUGCUCAAUGCCAAGACAGCGAUCCUUCUAUUUUCCUUCUUCCCUUACUCCAACCGCUCCAUUUUUGCGGCCCUUUCUAUUUUCCUUCUUCCCUUUAUCCCACCGCGGGACCGCAUGCAUGUCCGCCCGCGUCACCAGGAGAGGCUGCUAGAGCGGUUGGAGGCGGUGGAGGUGCUGCGCAGGGCGGUGGCGGUGUUUGGCGGGGACUGGUUCCGGCUGGGCCUGUCCACGUAUAAGUCGCACGACCUGCCCGCCUGGUGGCGCGCUGGCAUCCACGGCAAGGGGCUCGUCAAGGUGCGUGGCAUCCACGGCAAGGGGCUCGUCAAGGUGCGUGGCAUCCACGGCAAGGGGCUCGUCAAGGUGCGUGGCAUCCACGGCAAGGGGCUCGUCAAGGGCAUAUUCUUGCACGGGUACGGGUCGUGGGCGGCCAUCAUGAAGGACGCGGAGCUGCCCUUUGCGGUGCUCAUAGCGCCCAGCAAGGCCGCCAAGGGCAAGGCGGGGCCCCGCAAGGCCGCGGCAGAGGCGGACGGCAGUGGCGCCGGCGAGGGAGGGAGAGGCGGCAGCGAGCAGGAGGACGAGGACGGGGCAGGCGGGGGAGCGGCAGGGGAGGGGGCACCGAAGGCGAAGGUGGUGGUGCGGAGGGUGAAGUACCUGGAGAAGAUGCUCAAGCGGCAGCUCAUCAAGCGUGACAGCUCUGGUCCCCGCAAGCGCAUGUCCGCCGCUGCCAAGGCUGCUGCUGCCGCCGCCGCCGCCGCCGCUGCAGCUGCUGGUGGUUCCGCUGCUCCCUGCGUUGAUGCCAAGCCUGCUGCUGGCACUGUCAGUAGUGUCGGUGCUGCUGCUUCUGAUGAUGUGGAUGCAGGGCAGCAGCGUGUGCAUGGACACAUGGCGUCCGCUGGUUGGCUGGCGGGAGAUCCACACAGGGCUGGAGGUUGGGGGGAUGUGGGAGGAGGCGGGGGAGGAGUGAGCCUGGAGUUCACAUUGGAGAGGGGCGCGGGUGCUGGAGGAGUGGGUGGGGUGGGAGCACGAGGUGUUCAUCCUGCUGCUUCUGCUGGCGCUGGUGUUGCUUUGGCUCUGGACGUGCUCAGCCACGGGCUCGUCAAGGUGCGUGGCAUCCACGACAAGGGGCUCGUCAAGGUGCGUGGCAUCCACGCCAAGGGGCUCGUCAAGGUGCGUGGCAUCCACGCCAAGGGGCUCGUCAAGGUGCGUGGCAUCCACGCCAAGGGGCUCGUCAAGGUGCGUGGCAUCCACGACAAGGGGCUCGUCAAGGGCAUAUUCUUGCACGGGUACGGGUCGUGGGCGGCCAUCAUGAAGGACGCGGAGCUGCCCUUUGCGGCGCUCAUAGCGCCCAGCAAGGCCGCCAAGGGCAAGGCGGGGCCCCGCAAGGCCGCGGCAGAGGCGGACGGCAGUGGCGCCGGCGAGGGAGGGAGAGGCGGCAGCGAGCAGGAGGACGAGGACGGGGCAGGCGGGGGAGCGGCAGGGGAGGGGGCACCGAAGGCGAAGGUGGUGGUGCGGAGGGUGAAGUACUUGGAGAAGAUGCUCAAGCGGCAGCUCAUCAAGCGUGACAGCUCUGGUCCCCGCAAGCGCAUGUCCGCAGCUGCCAAGGCUGCUGCUGCCGCCGCCGCCGCCGCCGCUGCAGCUGCUGGUGGUUCCGCUGCUCCCUGCGUUGAUGCCAAGCCUGCUGCUGGCACUGUCAGUAGUGUCGGUGCUGCUGCUUCUGAUGAUGUGGAUGCAGGGCAGCAGCGUGUGCAUGGACACAUGGCGUCCGCUGGUUGGCUGGCGGGAGAUCCACACAGGGCUGGAGGUUGGGGGGAUGUGGGAGGAGGCGGGGGAGGAGUGAGCCUGGAGUUCACAUUGGAGAGGGGCGCGGGUGCUGGAGGAGUGGGUGGGGUGGGAGCACGAGGUGUUCAUCCUGCUGCUUCUGCUGGCGCUGGUGUUGCUUUGCGACAGAGCGAGGGACAGGCUCUGGACGUGGUGCGGAACGGAUCCCUCACAACUCCAGCAGGCAGCCGAGCUUGUCACAUCGUACCCCAGCGCUGUGACCGGCCUCUCUUCGAGCCCCCGGACGAGGAGGGCUUUCCCGCGCCAGAAGACGUCAGCGAAAACCGCGAUGAGACCGACGAGGCGGCCGACGGUGUUGGCGACUUCCCCAUCCCCACCUUUCCCGAAGACCUCGUCGAGGUGGGAGAGGACGUCCACUCCUCCCCCUUGGUGGAUGAGUGGGUCAACACCACGACUGCUGACGACGAGGAAGCUGCCCGGGAGGCGGACAACGAGGAUUGUGGGGACAUGCCCGCGGAGGAGGCGGAGGAGGAGGAGGAGGAGGAGGAGGAGGAGGAGGAGGAGGAGGAGGAGGAGGAGGAGGAGGAGGAGGAGGAGGAGGAGGAGGCCGAGAUGGAGGCGGAGGAGGAGGAGGAGGAGGAGGAGAUCGAGGGGGAGGCAGAGUGA